CAGAUUUGGUGGUGGUGCAAGACCUCGAAGAUGGAUUUUCUCAAGGAUUUUUACUAUUGACAAGCCUGAAAUGCUCCCAGGAUGAGAUUGACAGAGCUGCCCAGACUCACUGUGUCCCURAGAGCAUUUUCUGGGGUUUCUGCUCCAAUUGUCAGCAGUGGUUGUGACUVUAGCGAUGAGCUUGUUCAAAAGAGACAACAAAAGGCUCUAAGGCAGAGAGAGAAGGAAUUAUCGUGGAAGCAGUUGAAAAGUCUAAUACUUGAUACUGUAUCAGAUGACAGAAAUGCGAAGGAAGAGAUUAGAAUUUUGUUACGAGAGCUUUUACAGACAACUGGAGAACUCUAUGGUGCAGACUCUUCAUUAGAAGCUACUGAAGAAGCAGCUGUUUUCGUUUUCAACAUUCUUAAAGACUCUGAUCACCUUGGCCAAUCAGAAACCAAGAAAUUACGGUCUAUAUUUGGUGCCUUCCCUGCCUCUGCUGGUACAAAAGCAAGUCAUAUCAUCAACACCAUUAAACAGCUAACACCAUCUGAGAAAAUUGACCAGGGAAUCAGAAACAAGACAACACAAGAACAGAAAACAGAAAGAAAAGAAUUUGGAAGYGGAAUUGCAUUUCAUAUUCUAGACAAACAACAGGUUGAAUUAAUUGAAUUAUGGAGCUCAGACUCUGAGGAAGAAWGUGGGUCAAGAGUUGAUGACCUUUUGAAAAUUAACCAUAAAAAUGAUUCUGUGAAAGAUGAGAGUUCUUCAAAUACAGUACACCAUUCUUGGCUCAUGGGAGAGUGCGAGAAGCAUGCUUCGUCGUCUAAAGGACUGGGUGCUGAUGAUUUGUUUUCUGCUUUGUUUGAUAYGUUGAGCUCGGAAAGAACUAAUGAAGAAAUCCAAAAUGACCUGCUUGAGUUGUUAGGAUUUGAUGCUAUUGAACUGAUUACAAAGCUACUGMAGGAAAGAUAUAAUAUAGUAAAUGCUAUUCUUGAUGGAGAGAAAACAUCAGAUUCCAGAAAAAGAACGAAAAACACUAAUUUCAAGAAAGAAACUCAGCAACCCAUAUAUGGUCGUCAGGUUGUUAUUCAGUCCGAGGAAGAAAAACUGAUGAUGAAACAGGCCAGGAAAGAGGAGAGAAAGCAGGCUCGUCGAGACAARACUAAUAAUGAUGACGGCUUGGACCAUGAAGCAUAUUUAAGGGAGUUGGGUUUUGACCCGGAGAUGAUGGCUGCACAAAGGGAGUCCUCGUUAUUCCAUGCUACUACGACAUCGUCGUUUGCUAAGAAAGAGAGACAAGUCAGACAACAUGAAGUCUUCCCACAUGUCUAUGAUGCUGCACGGACUUCACAGAAUGACGUUGGAUUUGUUGCUGGUGCAAAGGUCCAUCUUCCAUCUAAUGCAAAGCGUAAGAUAACAAAGACCUACGAAGAAGUUUCCAUUCCUCACACUGAGAACGCACCAGUUCGAGCCGGAGAGAGACUGGUUCCAAUAAAAGAACUUGAUGAGAUUGGUCAAGUGGCGUUCAAAGGAAUGAAAUCUCUAAACAGAAUCCAGUCCAUCGUUUAUGAUUGCGCAUAUAACACAAACGAAAAUCUGCUGAUCUGUGCUCCCACGGGCGCAGGGAAAACCAACAUCGCGAUGAUGACCAUUGUGAGGGAAAUCAAGCAAAACAUCGAAAAUGGAGUUAUAAAGAAAGAUAAGUUUAAGAUUGUAUAUGUGGCACCAAUGAAAGCUUUGGCAGCAGAAAUGGUGCGUAAUUUUGGUCAGCGGUUAGCACCACUUGGGAUCUCUGUACGUGAACUAACAGGUGAUAUGCAGCUUACAAAGUCUGAAAUACUCAAAACACAGAUGUUAGUAACCACGCCUGAAAAAUGGGACGUUGUCACGAGAAAAAGUACUGGUGACGUUGCGCUUGCUCAGAUUGUAAAACUGCUGAUCAUUGACGAAGUUCACUUGCUGCAUGACGAUAGAGGCUCGGUUAUUGAGUGCCUGGUAGCAAGAACACUCAGACAGGUUGAAACAUCUCAAAGCAUGAUACGUAUAGUCGGCCUGUCCGCUACGUUACCGAAUUACCAAGACGUUGCGCGGUUCUUGCGUGUGAGUCCAUACGAGGGACUGUUUGUGUUCGAUGGACGGUUCCGUCCCGUACCGCUAGAACAGACUUUUAUUGGCGUGAAAGGAACUGGCGUGUUUCAAGUAGCCAAUGAGAUGGACAAAGUGUGCUAUGAUAAAGUAUUUGAUCACGUGGAUAAAGGCUAUCAGGUAAUGGUUUUUGUACAUGCGAGGAAUGCAACCGUGAAAACAGCCAUGAACCUUCGCGAGAUAGCAAAUAACAAUGGCGACUCUCAGGUGUUUAGAGCGGACCAGGACCCGGCCUUUGGGCUUGCACAGAAACAGGUGAUGCGGUCAAGGAACAAGCAGUUGCGUGAACUGUUCAGCGAUGGUUUUAGCAUUCACCAUGCAGGGAUGCUUAGACAGGAUCGUACGAUGGUCGAGCAGUUGUUUUCUAAAGGUCUUAUCAAAGUCCUGGUUUGUACGGCUACACUUGCUUGGGGAGUCAAUCUCCCCGCUCACGCUGUGAUUAUAAAGGGAACCCAAGUGUACGACGCCAAGAAGGGUUCGUUUGUUGAUAUUGGUAUUCUAGAUGUCCUUCAGAUCUUUGGAAGAGCUGGACGCCCGCAGUUCGAUACGUUUGGUUCGGGGACUAUUAUUACAAAUCAUGAUAAACUAACGCAUUAUUUAUCGCUACUUACCAGGCAGACUCCCAUUGAAAGCUGCUUAACGGCUAGUCUUGCUGACUGUCUUAAUGCUGAGAUAUCACUAGGUACUGUUACAACAAUAGACGAAGCUGUCCAGUGGCUAAGCUACUCGUACCUCUACAUCCGUAUGUUAGUAAAUCCACUCGUAUAUGGGAUAUCGUACAAUGAGAAGGAGAAUGAUCCACUUCUCGAAGAGUAUCGCCGGAAACUGAUAAUUAACUCGGCCAUCAAGCUGGAUAAAGCCAAGAUGAUUCGCUAUACAGAGAAACAAGGAUUUUUAUCAGCGACUGAUACUGGUAGAAUUGCUAGCAAUUUCUACAUCAAGCAUGAUACCAUAGAGGAGUUUAAUGGGCGAUUCAGAGCAGACCUAUCGCUUUGUGAGAUCCUCGAGAUGUUAUCGCAUGCCACAGAGUUCGAACAAGUCAAGGUACGCGAGGACGAGUUAUCCGAGUUGGAAAAACACUCACACGACGACUGCCUAGAGAUCGCUAAAGGUGGUGUAGAAAACACUUAUGGCAAAGUAAACAUACUGCUACAAACAUACAUUAGUCGAGGCUACGUCGAGUCCUUCUCUCUGGUAUCAGAUACAGCCUAUGUAGCACAGAAUGGAGCUCGACUUAUCCGAGGGCUGUUCGAAAUGGCCAUGCGAGCUGGAUACCCAAUCUUGGCCAACCGACUACUAACGCUAAGCAAGACAAUCGACAAGAGACUUUGGCAUGAUGAGAAUCCUCUUCGACAAUUUACAAUCCUUAAACCUGAGAUACUGAAUAGGUUGGAAGCUCGUAGAGCUACUUUGUCAGUUCUUCGGGAUAUGAAACCAUCGGACAUAGGUCAUCUUGUACAUCACGUAAACAUGGGCCAGACUAUCAAGUCAUGCGUUGAUAGAUUCCCAACAAUUGCCAUAGCAGCGAGCAUCCAGCCAAUCACAAGGACAGUUCUACGCGUGCGCCUUACCAUUAAGCCCGAGUUCGAAUGGAAUGAUAAGAUCCACGGUAGCUGCGAGCCGUGGUGGAUCUGGGUCGAGGAUCCGGACAAUCAGCAUAUAUAUCACUCCGAGUAUUUCCUUCUACACAAGAAGCAGGUCGUUUCAGAAGAGGAACAAUUCCUGGUAUUCACCAUACCAAUCUUCGAACCCCUUCCCCCACAGUAUUACGUCCAUGCUGUAUCGGACAGAUGGCUUGGGGCCGAGACUGUGUGUGCGAUAUCAUUUCAGCAUCUCAUUCUCCCUGAGAAACACCCUCCUCACACUGAGUUGCUUGACCUUCAGCCUCUGCCCGUCAGUGCCUUGAGGAACCAUCAGUACGAAGUGUUGUAUAAGUUUAGUCACUUCAAUCCAGUACAAACUCAGGUGUUUCAUACUGUAUACAAUACAGACCAUAAUGUGUUGCUUGGGGCACCAACUGGGUCGGGCAAAACAGCCGUUGCAGAACUCGCCAUUUUCAGAGUCUUCGAGAAAUACCCAGGGUCUAAGACCGUCUACAUUGCACCUUUAAAAGCUUUAGUUCGUGAACGCAUUGAAGAUUGGAAAGUUCGAUUUCGCCAAAAGCUUGGGAAAAAGGUAAUUGAACUAACCGGCGACGUCACGCCCGAUUCUCACGCAAUCAGCCAAGCUGAUGUCAUAGUCACCACACCUGAGAAGUGGGAUGGUAUUAGUCGAAGUUGGCAGACGAGAAACUACGUCAAAGCAGUGAAAUUAUUAGUGAUAGAUGAAAUUCAUCUGCUGGGGGAUGACAGAGGACCAGUUCUUGAAGUCAUUGUGUCAAGAAGUAACUUUAUUUCGUCACAUACUGAAAGUAAAGUGAGGGUUGUUGGUUUGUCGACUGCUUUGGCCAAUGCUCAGGAUCUUGCCGAUUGGUUGGGGAUUGGUAAUGCUGGUAUGUUCAACUUCCGCCCAUCGGUCCGCCCAGUCCCUCUCGACGUGCACAUCAAUGGCUUUCCCGGCAAGCACUACUGUCCGCGUAUGGCUACAAUGAACAAGCCAGCCUUCAAAGCAAUACUUACUCAUUCCCCAGAAAAACCUACACUUAUCUUCGUAUCGUCAAGACGACAGACGAGAUUGACAGCACUCGAUUUAAUAGCUUUUUUGGCCGCCGAAGACAAUCCAAAACAAUGGCUACAUAUGCCUGAGGAAGAGAUGGACUUCAUCUUAAGAACGAUUCAUGAUACCAACCUAAAAUUAACGUUAUCAUUUGGCAUUGGUUUGCAUCAUGCUGGGUUGCACGAACACGACCGAAAUUCAGUCGAGGAGCUUUUUGUUAAUCAAAAAAUACAGAUCUUAAUAGCAACUAGUACGCUCGCUUGGGGUGUCAAUUUCCCAGCACACUUGGUCAUUGUAAAGGGAACGGAGUAUUUUGAUGGCAAACACAACCGUUACGUUGAUUUCCCGAUUACCGAUGUUUUACAAAUGAUGGGGCGGGCAGGAAGACCGCAGUAUGAUGAUCAAGGAAAAGCUGUUAUCCUUGUCCAUGACAUCAAGAAACAUUUUUAUAAGAAGUUCUUAUAUGAACCAUUUCCGGUUGAAUCGAGUCUUCUAGAAGUCUUACCAGAGCAUCUGAACGCAGAGAUUGUAGCAGGGACGAUCACAUCCAAGCAAGAUGCCAUGGACUACAUGACGUGGACGUACUUCUUCCGUCGGCUUGUAAUGAACCCCUCCUAUUACGACCUCGAGGACACCGACCAUGAGAGCAUCAAUAAGUUUCUCUCCAGGMUUAUAGAAGAAGCUACUUCUGAACUUCAAACGAGUGGAUGUCUCGAGAUUGACGAKGAUGGCGUCACGUUAACACCCACUACUCCUGCUCAGAUAUCCUCCUAUUAUUAUCUCAGCCAUCUGACGAUGCGCAUGUUCAGCAAUCAGUUACACGCUGACCUCGGUCUUCCUGAUCUACUAAUGAUUCUGUCUGAUACCCAUGAAUACCAAGAGCUUCCCGUGCGACAUAACGAGGACGCCAUUAACAAGGAUCUAUCCGAGCAGUUACCACUUGAAGUUCCUCCCCAUUCCUAUGACAGUCCGCAUACCAAAGCAAAUCUGCUCUUCCAAGCACAUUUCUCUAGGGUACCCCUGCCAAGUAGCGAUUUCUUCACAGACCAAAAGUCUGUUCUUGAUCAAGCGAUAAGAAUUCUUCAGGCGAUGAUUGAUCUUUGUGCAGACGAAGGUUGGCUUGCCACUUCUCUUCGUACCAUGCAUAUAGUUCAGAUGAUCAUCCAGGGAUGUUGGCUUCAUGACUGUUCGUUAAUGAUGCUGCCAUCAAUCACCCCACAGCAUCUAUCUCUGUUUGUUGACUCGAAUGGUUCUCCUAUUGACAGCGUUGCGGAACUCGUCGACAUUGUGCAAAGCAAUCCAGAUAACUUGGUGAAAAUGCUGCGAGGGUCUUUUAGUUCAAGUCAUAUUGAUCACAUGUUGAACGUAAUCAAAAAUCUCCCAGUGAUUAACAUGUCUAUGAAAUUACGUGGAGCCUGGGCCGACGGUGACGGAGCUCAACAAGAGGAAAGACCAAUCAAACUUGACAUUCCAGAUGGUCGUCAUGACGACUGGAGUAAAGUUCACGCUGACCAGGAAUAUGCAUUGAACAUUAACUUAAAGCGCUUAAAUCGUAUAAAGGGUAACGAAUACAAAGUUCACGCACCGCGGUUCCCUAAGUCAAAGACAGAAGGCUGGUGGCUUGUACUAGGAGACACAGACACAGGAGAACUGAUUGCUCUUAAAAGACUGGGUACUAUUCGAGGUGCUACCAAGACAACGCUUUCGUUUUACACUCCCGAAGACCUUGGCCGUAAAAUAUAUACCCUUUAUCUGAUAAGUGAUUCAUAUUUGGGUCUUGACCAACAAUAUGAUAUUUAUUUGGAGGUAGUGGAAGCAGAUAUCGCUAGCCAGUUUAUAACUGAAGUGAAAUUUUAAGAGACGACUUGAUUCUAACUUCGGGUAGAAUAUAUGUAGUAGGCAAUGUGAAGCGACGCCAUUUUGUACAGUAACGCAUGAUGGGAAUUAUAGCCUUCCCACUUAAAUAAAUAAUGAAGAAAUCUCCCUAAAAACAUUUUUAUGUUUUCUUUGUGUAUAAAUGGCACAACAAUAUUUAAUUUCUGGACGUAAAAAGCGAAAAAACGGCUUAGAAGCGUUUGAUUAAUGUUUUAGCAAACACGGGAAAUUGCGAGGACUGCAAUUCCCAUCAUGCACUGCUGUACAAAAUGGCGUCCUUUUCAAUAUGGUCGAAUUGUUAACCCUUCAAAAUCUAUUUUUGGUAUGCUUCACAUAGUUUUGUUAUCGCCGCUUAAGUUGUGUUCGAACCGAUUUAGCAGAUUUUUAUUGGGCAAUACAUACAUGUCAUUAUUGCUCUUUUUCAAUCAUUCCUGGCAUGAGAUUCAAAAGAUAAAAAGACCGGCGGCCAUGUUGGAGGAAUGAACAACAGAUACUAAUGAAGAAGUCCUUUGUUUGAGUUCAUCCAAGAUGGCUGCUGCGGUGACGUAUAGUCUCAAACAAGAAUAAAUUACUUGUAGAAAAGAUCUAAUAAGAAACAAGGGAAUUGACAAGAAGGUACAUCGUUGCAUGUAAAACGUUAAGGUUUAUUAAUGUUGUUCGAAAACUUCAAGCAUGUCAGAAAAAAUGUUUGCAUUUCUUUAGAUUUUAAGAUUAUGUAUCAUGACAUAUUGUACAGCAUACAGCAAUUAAAAAUAAUAAUUGUUGGCAAAACGGUGAUGUGCAAGUGUUCUUCGACAAAAUAUCCAUAGGGAUGUUAAAAAAAGUCAAGCUUGACGGUCUGCAAUCCUUUUGCUUUUGAGGUUGUUUACAUUCUUUUGCCAUCCAGUAUCAGUGGAUUUUGUUCCAUGUGACCGUUUAAUGCAAAAUGCCUAUUACACUUCGACUAGAACACAUUCAUUUCACGGUUUUAUGAAACCACUAUAUGAGACGGGUCAGAGAAUCCGUGAAACAGUUUAUUUCUUAGCAGUAGUAAUUUGUUUCACCGGUUUAAUGACCACACAGUGAGAGAAACGUAUGCUAGACCCUCGGCCAUGUCUAAAGCGCCGUUUACAAGAGCAAUUUUUCCUUGACAAGUUUCUUGACAAGGAAAAAUUGUCCGUGUAAAUGGUCAACAAGUUUUCCUUGACAAUUCCUCCUUGACAAUGUUUCUUUGCUCGUGUAAGCGAAGAACAAGUUUUCCUUGACAAGGAAAAAUUGUCCGUGUGAAUGGUAAACAAGUUUUGACAAUUUUUCCUUGCCACAUUUUCUUUGUUGUCCAUUUACACGAGCAAAUUUCGUCCUUGACAAUGUUGGCUUUUUUUUUGUUAUCAAGGAAAAAUUGCUCGUGUAAACGGCGCUUAUGGUGACCUGAAAGCAACCACAGCAUUGCUUAAGGAAGCGUUUUUUUAGGAAAUACAAAUAGUUUAAUAGCAACUGAAAACCACUUAUGUUAUGGCCGAAGGGCCUAGUUAAUUUUGCCACUCUUCGCUUUCUCUUUAAGUGAGCGUUCUCGCUAUUCAAAAGGGCUUUUAAGUAGGACACAUUAGGCUACCUUAAUAAUAAAAUAUUUCUCACGCUCUGAAACUAAGUAAACUGUCAAAACAA